AUGAGUGUAUUUCUGAACUCGCGACUGCAUGACAAGGUGGUCUUUGUCACAGGUGCAUCGUCAGGCAUCGGUGCUGCCACGGCACAGCUGUUCGCGCAGGCUGGCGCCAAUGUAGUGCUGGGUGCUCGGCGGAUGGAGAAGCUCGAACAUGUGCAAGCAGCCUGUGAGCGUGCGAAUGCGGAUGGAGCCACGGGCCAUGGCGGGCGUUAUGCAUCGAUUUUCCUGGACAUGCGAAGCAGUCAAAGUAUUGAGACAGUACUACAACGCAUGCCUGAAUGGGCUAAACGUGUGGAUGUGCUUGUAAAUAACGCUGGACUUGCGGCAGGGACCGACAAGGUCGGGGCUAUUCGACAUGAAGACCUCUCAGCGAUGCUUGAUACGAAUGUGCGUGGAUUGAUUGAAAUGACGCAAGUGUUCGUGCGAAGCUUCAAGGAACGGCAGUCGGGACAUAUCAUCAACCUGGGUUCUGUCGCUGGAAAUGAAGCAUAUCCCACUGGCUCCGUGUACUGUGCGACGAAGUUCGCCGUCCGUGCAUUCACGUCUGCACUGAUGAAGGAACUGUAUGAUACACCCAUUCGUGUAACGAACAUUCAGCCGGGCAUGGUCGAGACUGAGUUCAGCCUAGUCCGAUUCUACGGUGAUCAGUCUGCUGCCGACAAAGUGUACAUGGGAAUAGAGCCUCUCACCGCGCAUGAUAUCGCUGAAGAAAUUGUUUGGGCUGCCAGUCGUCCGGCUCAUGUAAAUAUCGCCGAGACACUCAUUCUCCCUGUCAACCAAGCGGGGCCUUACCACGUAGCUAGAAAUUCUGCAUAG